AUGACUUGGUCUCCUGAUCACGAUUAUACUUUAUAUCGCAAUGAUUAUCAAAAGUUUGUCAAUGAAAUAGCCGGGCGGAAUAUUAAGGCCUAUCGUAAAACUAACGCCUUGGGGACAGCCUUAGAAUUUGGAGAGGACGGAUUUACUCCGGCGAAAGUUCGGGGAGGAGACUAUGAGUUUUCUAAGGUUCUUGCUAAGAUAUUGAAUCCGCCUCCACCAGAGGAGGAAAGAAAAGCAGAAUUUAAAAAAUAUUUUGGUAAUAUUCCCGAAAAUAAAGUAGAAGAAUUUUUAAACGAAGUCUUGGAAAGUGUGUCGGCUUCUGACAGAGGGGAAGACUCUACUACUAGUCAGUUUUAUGUCUUUCCUUUCCAGACCAAGAAAGUUACUGGAGGUGUAAGGGGAGGCUCGAUGGAAGUUCAAGUUCCUUCAGGAGUAGAAAAAGGAAAAAAGCCAAGGUUUAAAGAUUUAGUUCCUUAUAAUGAUGCCAAUGAUGGUUCAGAAAUUAAAACUAGGAUAUUGGCAUGUAUACCGAAUUAUGAAAUUAAACAAGCAGUUAAAAAGUAUACUAGAAAAACUUCUUCUUACAAAGAGGGAGACAAAGAGGUUGUUUUAGAAGAGUAUAAUGAGACAAUUAGCGAAAGUGAAAUUUCGGAUGACUCUGAUAAAAGAACUAAUGUUUAG